AUAUUUAUUAGAAGUACAACUCAAUCUUUUUUCUAAAGUUUUAUUUUAUGAAUUCACCAGAUAAUAUUGACCACUGCAAUGUUAAAACCACAAACUGUGGCAAGCAACAGCUUUCUAAUGAUAAUCAAAGUGUUAGUAUCAUAAUACAAUCAAAAAGUCCAGCACAAAAUAUUUAUUCAUCUAUUCUAUUAUCAGAAAAUAUUGACUUGAUCAAUGAAAAUGUUCAAACCUGUGAGAAAUCUGUUCCUCAAACCUCAUUAACUUCUUUAUACAGUAAUGUGAAUGAAUCAGAAAGUUCAACAUCAGAUAUUAUAUCACAAUCCCCUGUUUUAUUAACAGAAAAUAUUGGCUACAUAUUUGAAAAAGUUCAAUCCUCUGAAAAAUCCAUUUUUGUAACUUCUGUACAGAGUAAUAAUUUAGACGCAGAAAAUCAUAUUUCAGGUUAGAAAUUUUUUUUGUAAUUAAUAUUAUAUUUCUU